AUGACUAUGUUUAAAACUCUUGCGAUAUCAUUUUCAACAAUGACACUUUUCACUGGAAUCACACCUUUGUAUGGUUCUAGCCUUCAAUAUGCAGGCCCUGCGAGUCUCGUCUGGGGAUGGGUAGUUGUUUGUUUCUUCACUUGGUUUGUUGGGAUUGCUAUGGCUGAGAUAUGUUCAUCUUUCCCGGCAACUGGUUCUCUGUACUUUUGGGCUGCACAUUUAGCCGGUCCAAAAUGGGGACCAUUUUCUUCAUGGUGCUGUGCUUGGCUUGAAACCAUAGGUCUUAUUGCUGGGAUAGGGACUCAGGCGUAUGCAGGAUCACAAACAUUGCAGAGUAUAAUCCUACUCUCGAUAGGCACGAAUAAAGGCGGAGGGUACUUUGCCCCGAAAUGGCUAUUCUUAUGUAUGUACAUUGGCCUCACUGUUAUUUGGGCAGCAUUGAACACAUUUACGUUAGAAGUUAUCGCCUUCAUCGAUAUAAUUUCAAUAUGGUGGCAGGUUAUUGGUGGAGCAGUGAUAGUUAUAAUGUUAUCUCUAGUGGCACUAACUACACAAUCAGCUUCAUAUGUAUUCACAAACUUUGAAUUAGCACCUAAUACAACAGGAAUAUCAAGCAAACUGUAUGCGGUGAUUCUAUCGUUUCUUGUGAGCCAAUAUUCCCUCUAUGGAUACGAUGCUGCAGCGCAUCUAACCGAAGAAACUAAAGGCGCAGACAAGAACGGACCUAUUGCAAUACUAGGUAGUCUUGCCAUCAUUUCAGUAUUUGGUUGGGCUUAUAUCUUGGCACUCACAUUCAGCAUUCAGGAUUUCGCUUAUCUUUAUGAUCCAAACAAUGAGACUGCUGGAGCAUUUGUGCCAGCACAAAUAUUGUAUGAUGCAUUCCAUGGAAGAUAUCACAAUUCUGCAGGAGCAAUAGUUCUACUAUUUAUAAUUUGGGGUUCUUUCUUCUUUGGUGGACUUUCAAUCACCACAAGCGCUGCCAGAGUCGUUUAUGCACUGUCAAGAGAUAAGGGAGUGCCGUUUUCAUUCCUAUGGCGAAAAUUGCAUCCAAAGCACAAGGUUCCUACAAAUGCUGUAUGGCUAUGUGCAGCAAUAUGCAUUCUUCUUGGUCUACCAAUAUUGAAGGUGAAUGUGGUAUUUACUGCAAUAACUUCAAUAUGCACAAUUGGUUGGGUUGGUGGUUAUGCAGUUCCAAUAUUUGCAAGAAUGGUAAUGCCUGAGAAGAAUUUCAAGGCUGGACCAUUUUAUUUGGGAAAGGCAAGAAGACCAAUUUGUUACAUUGCAAUCCACACAAUGAUUGAAGAAGCUGAAGCACAGUGUGCUUUGUUGAACUCUGAAUCAUUAUGCGAUGGAUGUUUCAGUUCAGAUUCAGAUAUAUUUCUCUUUGGUGCAAGGACAGUGUACAGGGAAAUCCGCCUUGGAGAUGGUGGAUAUGUUGUAUGUUAUGAGAUGGCAGAGAUUGAAAAUAAACUUGGAUUGGGACGGGAUUCAUUGAUUGCUCUCUCUUUGCUUCUCGGCAGUGACUAUCAUCAAGGAGUUCAUGGUUUAGGUCCGGAGUUAGCUUGUCAGAUAGUAAAAUCAAUUGGGGAGAAAGAUGUUCUAAAAAAAUUUGCUUCUGAAGGACUUGGAUGGGUGAAAAAAAGAAAAGGAGCUAAAAAUAAUAUAGGAAAGGACGAUACCAUUUUACAAGUGAUUGAUGCUUAUUUGAAGCCAAAAUGCCACUCAGCUGAUUCAGACUUUGUGCUCAAGGCUCAUUCUCAGUAUCCAUUUCAACGUACUAAGCUCCAUCAUAUAUGCGCUGUAUACUUCGAAUGGCCUUCGGAGAGAACAGAUGGAUAUAUCCUUCCAUGUAUAGUCGAAAGGGAUUUACGACGAUUUGCCAAUUUGCGAUCAACUUCGUCUGAACUUGGGUUGAACCUUCCUUUACAUGAGGGAUUGGAAUCACCCGCUGAUGGUAGACGUUCAUCUGAGUCUAGCUAUCGUAUUGGAGAUAAUGGAACUUCAGGGGGGACAAAUUAG